GUGGGACAGAAAGCCUUGCUUGUUGACACUUAGGCAGGUCUUCGAACCAGAGUUUGAACCAUAGACUGUAUAUAAGAAGGUUUGAACCCUGGUCAUGCAGGUGAGUUUUUCUCUGCGACCAUCAAACUGCUGUGCAGCCACCUAUUACACGUUGGAAUAUUAGUACUAUUAUUACUAUGUAGUUCUUCCAUUUUGUCCCCCUGCUGGCAGAGAACUUGUGUCAUUUCUGCUAUUGACCACAAGGUGCCGCUACUGUUCAAAAAAGAUGAGGCCAUCUCCCAUCGCUUUGGAAAGACAUGAUGGAAACGUGCUUUUUCUGUUAAAUAUUUAAUAAACCUAUCUUAGUCUCUCAACCACGGUUUAGUAUUGGAUAAUACAGCCAGGGCACUGUUCUACUAAUUCCCACAUUUGCAUGUAAAGCGACUAAUAACGUGGGAGAGAAAUUAAGGGAUGCUGAGGGAGCUCACGUAACGUUAAAGGACAACAAAUAGCAGCCACUGUGUCUGCAAACAAACCUUUUGCGAAGUCUCCUUCAGAAACCUAUUUUCACAGGACUCAAAACACACAGGAUGUGAACGACGAGGCAGCCACAUGUGCACUGUCAAGGUAAUGCUAUUUAACUACGUUUGUGAAGGGGUUACAAUCCCAUACGAAAACGCUUUGUGUUAGCCCUUUAACGUUAGCUUGCUACCCGGUUAGUUUGCUAUCUAAUCCAGCUAACUGGGUGUGAGGGCAUCCUCUAAAUGAGGGAUAAACUGUGGUCCUCUUGUCCUUUUAGUUUAGGAACUAGCUUAGCUUAGUUUAGCUAGGGAAUAGAGACAUGAAUCCAGGUAGUUGCCAAAUGCUUUUCCGGUAUUUCCUCUUACAAGUUUCCAUAGGAACGUAAUUAAAGCGUGGCAAAUGUACACCUAUGUUUCUGAGCAUGUUAAAAACCUAUCAACUACAUCCACUUUUCUCAUUUAAAAAGGGUUAAAGUGUCUUCUGUAUUUAUCACUUUAUUAAGCAGGAACGGAUCUCUUUAACAGGAGUUGUCCUGGGCCAGGAUAGCAGCCCCACAUAGAAGAAGACAGAUUUAUUAUGAAUUACAUACAAUCCACAAUAUUUCUGUUGUAUCUGUUUUGCAUGCUGAUAUUUAAUGAAAAUGAUUUUGGAAAUGUAACAGUACCCAAACUGAGUUGUCCUUGUCAUUGUUUAUGGUAUAUGCUGUAUUUUUGCAUAGUUUGUAUUUCAUUCUGUAUUUUCUGUCUUUGCAUGUACAUAUCCCCUUGUGUUUUGGAUCUGUCUUUUUGUUUUAGUUAUCUUCUUUUUGUGUGUGUUCUCUGUGUUUGGACAAGUGUAUUACGUGUGGGCGACCAACAGAUCACCUAUUUUGAUGCAAAAAAAUUUUAUGCAAAAAAAUCUUAACAUUCACAGUAUUUUUUCUGCCAUUUUUGAAUGCUUAAUCGAGAUAAUUAUUUAUAGCUGAUACCCAAUUUUGCAUACUGUUAUGUAAAGAAAACAGUUUUGGAAUGGAACCCAAAUUGUGUUGUCCCCCUACAUAUAAUAUCACACCUUCACCUCCCCAUGCCAUCCAGCAUCCUGUUAAUUUUGCUGUGUAUCACAACCAAGACAACAACAAAACAUUUUGGAUUGAUUUAGAGUGUUGUCAAAGAUCACAUACCAUUUAAUAACCUUUCUCUCCCAUGAGAACUGUCUGAGGCCCAUCACCCAGUAACUUCUCAUCUAGUUUUGAAACUUGCUUAAAGUCUUAGAGGCUCACGUGUACAUCUUGUUCCAGUCCAGUGAGUGUGGGCCUGUCCAUCUGCAUGGUCUCACCUCCUAGUACAAACGUCACAGCAGAAGAAGAGACGUCCCCCUCACCCCACCAGACCCUCGGACGGCCAACUAUAGUGCUAUUAUAGUUCAAGCAAAGGCUAAUUGUUGGUUACUUACAAAGGAUUGCACAGUCCAAGUCUUUGGACGGGAAUGUUGUCUCUUUCUACUAAGAGAAGAUGGCAUUGCUUGUGGUUUUUGCGCUCCUGUGCCUGUCCUGUUGGGUCUCUCUCUACUUCAUCUUGUGUAACGUUAACCGGUCCAGGAGCUACGAGUGGAACUGUCGCCUCGUCACCCUGGUGCACGGCAUCCUGGCAGUCUGCAUCACAGCAUACAUAGGCUAUGUGGAUGGACCCUGGCCUUUCACUCAUCCAGGUACUAAGAACACUCCUCUGCAGAUAAGUGCCAUGGUGGUGAGCCUGGGCUACUUCAUUUUUGAUAUGGCCUGGUGUGUGUACUUCCGCACAGAGGGACCCGUUAUGCUGGCCCACCACACCAUGAGCAUCUUGGGAAUCCUGUUGACCCUGUGGUUGGGGGAGUCUGGCAUCGAGGGCUGUGCGGUACUCUUUGGCAGUGAAAUCACCAACCCCCUCCUGCAGGCACGCUGGUUCCUCAAACAGACGGGACAUUACGGGACGCUGCUGGGGAACGUUGUGGACGUCCUGUUUGUGCUGCUGUUUGUGGUGAUGCGAAUCUUUGUGGGAGGCACAAUGCUGUACUGUGAGCUGAUCUCCCCAAGACCCAGAUUCUUUAUCAAGUGCGGGGGAGUGGCCAUGUACGCUCUGUCCUGGGUGUUUAUGGUGGACAUUGUUCGAUUUGCCAUUCGGAAGAGCAAGAGCUGGCACAAACAGCAGAGAGACCAACAAGAAACAGUGGCGGCUAAUUGUCAUGAAGGGAAGACAGACUGAUUGGUUUGUGCUUCUCUAAAGAAAAUUGAUUCACAUUAUGUCUGUGUUUUUCACUUUGGACUCACUAGGGACAGUAUAAUGAAAAUCCUCGUUUUGUAUGUUAAACUGCGAUUUUCAAAAAUAGAUACUUCAUCAAGUACCCUGUGAAAUCUCUGUGUCAGGUCCAAGACCUGUGCAUUUUGGGGGAAAAACUCAUUCUUUAUACAGUCAUCACAGACAAACUCAUGUCAUAUUACUGUGUAAAAUGUGCAUUUAACAUAUGUCACUGAAAACCAAAGCACUUCCUAUGAACACAUGAACAGAUGUUGCUUACAGUUGCAGUGAAAUGUGGCCUAUUCAUAUACGGUGGUGUUGCUCCGAAGGAAAGGAACAAAACAGUUUACAUGGAAUGCCUGUGGUCCUUGUGAAACACUUUUAGUCAUAUCAUCAUUGGUUAGGAUGGGUUUCCUUGUAAUCCUGGGGUUUUCUUGGCGUAUGUUAAACUGUGUGCAGAUGUGAAAGGUAUACUCAGGGAGAUGAAGUCAUACCAGAAAACUGGGGUGAAUUCCAGAGAAAUGUGUGUGUUUGGUUAUUUAAUCUCGUUUAUAGUAAUUCUUAUAAACCACCAGUCUGGAUUCCUGUUCCAGACUCUGCCCCAAAAAACAUUUAAUUUAUUUUACCUUGUCCAUGUAAGGGAAUACAUGGAGAGGAACCUUUCAAUUAGGUGGUUCCAAACUGGUGAUGGUAUUUUGAUAUUUAUGUAAAUUAAAAUACCUUUAUAUGUUUGGUGAAGUUGUGUCAGAAUGUGUACUUUAUAUAACAUUAUUAAGUAAUUGGAAAUGUCUGAUUUCACUGUACCAUCUGUGUGAACAUAGACAAAAUAUCCAUACUCAUAGCUCCCAAUUAAUUUAAUUGUGUAAUAUUUCAGUCUCACAUAGAUCUUCUCAAGCAAGACUGGACAAUUAAAUUUAGUGCAAGCUAUCUGUACAGUGUGCUGAUCCUUUGUCUGACUUACAUGAGUUAAAUGUUUUCAAUCCAGCAUCUUUGAGCUGUACAUGCUCUAAACGCUGUUUGUGACAACCACAUGCUACUGUCAGGACCAACCAGGUAGCCUCUGACUUUGGACAGGAUGACAACCUGUGCGGGAAUAUGUUUUGUUUCUAGCCCUUAAAAUGUUAGAUCUCUACAUUUAGUCUUUAGGACAGUAGUCAUCAUUUCAAUAUAAUCAUAUCGGGUUAUCGUUUUACACAGUUCUGUUGUCCAAUUUAAUCAUUCAAAGCACUGACAACAAUAGCUAUUUCAUUGUUUUAUUUACAUGUGUGGAGUUUUAUGUGGGGGUUUUGCCUACAUUUGAUAAUGUGAUAUUAAUUUUCAGAAAAAAAAUAUUAAUGUUUAUAUUGUGAUAUUUAUUUCAGCCAUAUUGUCCUGACAGAUUGCGCAAGUGCAUCAUGGGAUGAAGGCAGGAGACUUGUUACGUGUGGAGAAUAUAAUGAUUCCACCCACUCCAUGACUGGAUUUGUUCCAUGCCAAGAAAGUUAGCAAAUGACCAGCUUUCAUCUGUGGUUUUUGCUAUGUUUGAUUGCAUAGCACUUUGGUCAACUAUUGUUGUUUUUAAAAGUGCUUUAUGAAUACAUUUGUAUUGGAUUUGGACUGAAUUUGUGCUCAGACUUUAAAUCGGUGUCCUUAUAGUUAUGAAAUGAUUAUUAACAUAUCUUGUUUGUUAUUUUUGUGUAAAUGGAUUUCUGCAGUAAUGCGCUAAAACACCUUUCAUCCCUUUGUUUUUCUAUGUCUAUUUAAUUAAAAAAUUAUGUGCUGCUCUCAUACAAGGUCUGUUUACCUGACUGCCACAGUUAGGAAUCAUGUGAGCAUAACCAUUACAUCCAAGAAAGUAAAAAUCUAACUGGUGUGUGCCUUAGUUAUCUGAAUGUACUUUCCUAAUUUUUUUUUGUUUGUUUUGUUUUGCUGUAUUGUAAACCUUCCAACGUAAGUGUACGAUACCAUUUUAAGUUUGUGUUGGAUGAUUUGUAAUCCCUGUGUGAAGUGAAAUAAAGAUAUGAUCGAUUGUUUGUAUGCUUUUGAAUACAAUUAAACAAGAAAAUGUCAAUAAAACUGAAGGACAAG